GAAACACGCGAGGAAGGGGACAUGUCGGGGGAGGAUUUGCGGAGGAUUGUCGAGCCUCCGCCGCGCCGUGAGACCCGCGCCGCCUCCCCCCGGGCCGCCGAGCCGUCCCCCGCACCCAGGCCCAGCGAGUCCCCCGUGCCCGUCACCCGUGGGAACAAGGUGGUAUUCCCGAGGCGGCGGCGGCUAUUCGUGUCCGUGGGUGUGUGUCCGUGUGCGUGUGUCCGGGUCCUCGCUGCAGGCCAGGUACCCAGUCAUGGAGAAAAUCGUGUACGCAGGGGUGUCUCUGGAGAUCCCCUCGGAGAUCUGCGAGAACAUCAACAUCCUCUUUGAAAUGAUCUCGCCGGACACAUGGAACAACCAGCUCACCGACGAACACCGGGAGAGGCUGAUGGGGUUCCUUCCGACCUUCCCUGAGAAUGACCUGCAGGAGAAGACCCGCACCCUCGAGAUGUUCUUCAUGGACGAGAACUUCCGGCACAGCACGCCUCUACGCCUCUUCCACGAGCAGCUGUGCAAGGGAUUCUUCAACCCGGAGAUCGCCAAAGUGCGCACCAUUCACAAGAAGAUGCUGCUGCGGGAGUACAGGUAUCGGCAAAAGCAGUACCUCCACCACACGCUCGAGGAAAUCCUGGUGCGGCGGAAGAGAGUCCUGGACAUCGUGAGCAGCAUGCCGCCCGAUGACGUGCCGAAGAUACCCAGACUACCGCCGCUGCAGUACAACAAGAAGAAGAGCUCCCGUACCUCCAUUGAGUACUGCACCAAGAAGCGGUAUUUUCGGGAGCUUGCGGCCAUAAGAGCGGAGGUUGGGGACACCAGCGACCUGUCCGAGGAUGAGAUAUACCCAGAAGGUCCCGGUGCCUCCCUGAACAAGAAGCAGCGUCGCCAACUGGGCGGACUCGAGGGGUCACUUCCGCCCGACCUCCUGCCAGUCCGCGCCACUCACAGCAGCGGCUCCCUGGCCCUGGAUCUUGAGCUGCGGAUCACGCCCACCAACAACCCUCUCGACCUCACGGAUGACCACUUCAGGGCAAUGUUGUCGGCCCAUAGGAUACGGCGCAGCAAGAGAGAGAACUCCGUGGAUCUGGACACCCGCGGAAUCACCCUUCAGGACAUCAUCACCCGUGCCCAGAUACAGAUGAAGCGCCCACCCCAGAGGACAUCCACAGCCUCGCCCUUGCCCCCGGAGCGCCCCAAGAAGAAGAUAAAGGUUAAAAAGGAACCCCCAUCAUCGUCAUCAUCGUCCCCAUCCUCGUCGCUCCUCCUGUCGUCGUCGAACAUCGCCGCGCAUCAUCACCACAGCCCUCAUCACCUGGAGCUCGCGACGGCGGUGGUGAAGGCGGAGGUGGUGAGCGACACGGAAUCAUCAUCGUCCUCGUCGUCCUCGUCGUCCGUCAGCGAUUCGGAGGAGACGGAGGUGAAGAAGGAGCUCCCGUCUUUACCCCAUAGUCCGGCGGUGAAGGGGAGGGUUGGCGGGAAAGGCAUACGGGUGAAGCUGGAGCCCCCGGAGUUACCCCUGGAGGAGAUGGAGGUGGGCAACUUACCAGGGGUGGACCAGCCUCUGCCCGUCAAGGAGGAGAACUUCAAGGUGGAGGUGAAGGAGGAGUACAUGGAGGAUCAGGUCUCCGCCGCUGCCAUAGAGACAUCCUCGGAGCUCACCGCGGCCCUGGAGAGCAUAGGUGCCUGCAUCGCGCCCGAGCUGACCCAGGAGACACACAUCUGCUUCUUCAGUCUGGUACGGGACAUCAUAUGCUCAACGGGGGAACAGAGGAUGACCCGCGCACAGCUGGAGUCGAGCAUUCGGGUGUGGCAGGAGUCGGCAAUCUCGCCCCUGAACGAGUGGUAUUCCCUGGUGCCCUCCUGGGUGGAUAUACUUCCCUCGGCCAUCAACUUCCUCUGUGGCCACUUCACCGGUGAGGAUGUUCAACCGGCAGAUUUCGUCCCCUACAUCGAAUACAAGAGCCAGCUGAAGGUGUACCAGUGGAUAGGGGCCGGGAGGGACAGCGACGGCCACCUGGAGCCCCUCGCACAGUUCUGGCUGGCUAACAAAUCUUCCAUGAGUUGCGAGUGGAUCGAGGAUGACCUUGUGGGGACCAAGCUGGAGGUGGAGGAGAGCGACGUGAUCCCUCCGCCCCGCUGCUUCACCAACUGGACGGUGCAGGCCGCCACCGACGCCGAGAAGGACCAGUAUCGUGUGCAGGAGAAGCUACGUUACGAGAAACCACACAAAGCAUUUACGUUCAGGAUGCAUGGGUACGAGAGCGUGGUGGGGCCGGUGAAGGGCAUCUACACCCAACAGACGGGGCUCAACAAGGCGCGUGGUCACUCCCUCCUCGUGCCGGACAGACCAGCCUACGUCACCAUUUUGUCCCUGGUACGAGACGCAGUGGCAAGGCUUCCGAACGGCGAGGGGACGCGCUCCGACAUCUGUGAGCUUCUGAAGGAGUCCCAGUACCUCGCACCUUUGAGCAGCCCCACCGCGGAGAACAACCUCAACAGCGUGGUGUCCGGCGCCCUCGACCGACUCCACUACGAACACGACCCUUGCGUUAAGUACGACACCCCUCGGAAACUCUGGAUCUACCUCCACCGCAAUAGGAAUGAGGAGGAGUUUGAACGCAUGCACCACCUCAACGGGCCUGGCGGGAACAAGGUUAAGAAGCCAGCGCCGCGGAGACAGAGCCGCACCAAGAGCAAGGAGCCGCCCCUCACCCUCAAGCCAGCUCCCAACGUCGCCCUUGAACCCCUCAGUGCGACGGCUUCCCCUGUGGCUAAGACGGAGAGCGGGCCGGUGAAGCUGAAGCCUGAGGACGUGGCGGUUCUGACCAAGCCCAAGCCCGAGAGUCCCGUGAGACUGGAGCAUCACCUGGGCUCGGCGGCUGCUGUGGGGAAGGCCUUGACAUCUGUAAGAGUGGGUGGAGUCCGAGGCACGGUUGGGGCGAGCAGUGUACAGACGAUACAGGUCUCCACAACGGGCGGGGUCCAGACCAUCAAGGUGGCUCUUCCCCCGGGGGCUCAGACACUCACCAAGGUCAACCCACAGACCCUAGCUAAGGCUGUGAGUCGGGCAGCAAGUCAAGGGCUGGCCAAGGGGGCUGCGGCAGGGCUGAAGGGCGUCAACCUGCAGCAGACGGUUCUCCAGGCGGGGGUGGCGGGGCAGAGUCUGGGCCCCGAGUCUGUCCUGACCACACAGCACCUCACAACCCUGCCUGCCGGGGCAGUGGGUGCUGGCAAAACUCGCGCCCCGGUGGUCACCCUCACCACACGAGAGGCCGCACGCUUACCCGCCCCUUCGGUAGCCCAGGCACGCCCCGCACAGUCCUCAGCCGCCACCACCUCCCCCGCCAACCAGCAGCAGCAGCCCCAGCCUUCGCCCCAGCACCCUGGCCUCACCCCGACACUGGCCACUCAGGUUACAAGCAGCGGUGUGGCGGUGGGCAAGCUCUCCAACACCGCCACAGUGGUCAACAUGAGCUCUGCCGCGGCCCAGAAGUCUAACCUCUUCUCCAUUGGCGGGAUCAAGCUCCUGCAGGCAGCCCCUCAACAGCUGACAGGCAAGGCCGGGUCCACCUCCCCCGCCAUGGUUAACUCCAUCACCAAACUGCAGACUCUGAUGGUGGACGGCAAGGUGCUUAUGCAGGGAGGGAAGAAUGAGUCCUAUCUGGCCCUACAGGUUGGACAGGCACUGGCGGGGAAUGUGACCGUGGCGGGCAGCAUGGCGGGGAAGCAGGUGAUCACAGGUGUGUUUCCAGGCCAGCAGAUCGCCACGGUGGAGAGUUUGCUGAGCCAGUCGGAGAAGACCACUCAGAUACAGGCGGGCGGGGUGAUCACAACGAUGGCUGGGAGCAAGCUGGCGGGCGGCAACGUGAUCCAGCUGGCCGGAGGUGCGGGAGGGGUGCAGCGUCUCACCCUGGUCUCCCCUCAAGGCUCCCACGUCCCCCUCACUGCGGCCAACCAGAGACUUGUCCUGGCCACGGGCUCGCAGGGUGGCAAGCUGGACGGGUCUGGUAACAAGGCGCAGGUGGUACAGACCAUUCAGACCCUGCAGCCCGCCAGCCACAUGAUGCACAGCGGGGCCAGUGUUGCCACCACCACGGCCGGCAUCACCUCCACCACCAUCACCACCACCACCACCUCCUCCUCAACCACCACCACGCAGAUCGUCGCCAGUCCCAUCGCUUCCACUGCCACCACCUCACAGGCCAGGUUCUUCUCUGUGGGCCAGCAGCAGAAGACCAUUGUUCAGGGUUUGAACGUCACCGGCAAGCCCUCUGUGUUGUCGGCGGGCGGCAUCCGUUUAGUGCAGCCGGCGGUGAGUGGCGGAGGCGGCACAACCACCACCGGGAAUCUCAUCACCAUCGGAGGCAAGCAGGUCCUCCUCACCUCCAAGCCGUUUGCACAGCAGGGACAGUUACAGCAGGUGAUGCUUACGAGUGGGAGCCUUAAGGGAGGACUGCAGGGGGCCCAAGGCUCACCCGGGGCAGGGCCUGGGGCGGUGGUGGUGGCCAGCGGGGCGGGGGGGCAGCAGAUAGUGUUGCCCGCCUCAGCGCUGCAAGGGUCACAACUCAACCUCAAGGGCCUGCAAGCCUUCCACACCCUCAAGGUCAUCCCGGCAUCUCAGGUCACGCAGCAGCAGAGAGGCAAGCCAGUUUUAGCGAGGAUAGUGUCCCCGGCGAGUGUGCGCGGCGCUGUUCCCGUCACCACCACCACCUCCGUCAUCCCCAACACUGCCCCAUCAGGACACGACCCCAACAAGUCAUAACUCACACCAGCUCGCUUAUAAGAGGCGAAAGAAUCCACCUGACAGCCACCACCACUACCACCACUGCAACCACCAUCACCACCACCCUCAUUUCCUUAGUACACAUCAGAGCAUCUAUCGUGUUUUGUUUCUCUGGUUUUCGCAUUCAAAGUCAUCCGCCGCAUAAUUUUACGUUCAAUGCAUACCUCCUGUGAUGCGAACGCCACCCUCGGGAGCAUGUUGACCCUCCUGCCGUGUUCCUGAAGGAUGCAAUGUCUUGGGUAUACUCUGCAGGCUGUGUUGUGUGGCAAGUCAAGCACUACAAAAGUCUGGUGCUCCAAAGAACGGCUUAAGAGAGGAACGAACUGCCUGCUGCAUCAACCAAUUGGUGCUCUUAUGAUCGAUGGUGUGCAUGUGUGUGUGUGUGUCAUAGCUUUGUCACUAUACAGAAGCCUCAGGAUAAGAUGGCAAGGGAAGAGGAAGUACCAGGAACCUGUAUGAGUUAAAAUUUUGAGGGCACACUUGGGUAAUCAGAGUUUACAUACACUUGUGGGAGAAUGGGAGAGCAGUGUGGAGCUGUUCGACUCACUUGGGUCUGGCCAUCACCUGCACACACACACACACACACACACACACACACACACAAGCUCGUUACAGGUUGGUUUCUUGAAGUUACUACCUCACUCUGCAAUAUAUAACUUGAAGUAUCUCCCCACAACUGUGUACAUGUGUGUGUUUGUAAUAAGCAGCACACAGUGCCACUGAGAGGGUGUUCUUGUACUCUCCCAUGUGCCAAGAAUGAUAACUGUGUACUUGGGAGACAGAAAGUUAGAAGAGUAAGGGAAAAAAAAUGUGCUAAUGUAUCUGUUAUGCUGCCUGGCCCGGAGAGCGUUCACAAGGGAACAGCCACACCACAGAAGUCUCUACCUCCUGAAUUAAGUCAAAAUAAUCCAGUGUUUCCAUAUAUUAAAACUGGGUUGUGACGUGUUAUCAUGAGACCUUGGAUGGGGGAGGCUCACGGCUGGCAGUGCUACACUAUCCUUCCUUUUUCCUUCCUUCCGUUGGUCGUGUGUCUUGGGUCUGCGCCGGCCACCCUAAACUCACAGGGAAUCGGUCAUCGGUAUUUAUUGCUUGAUUGCUAACAUGGAGUAUUUUCUGUGAUAUUCUAAAGAUGCAUUUGUGUAAGUUCACAGGUGGAGGGCCGUCCUGUGUUACCAUGUAGUGCAGCGAUCGCCCCAAGAGUUAUGUACAUUGAUGAUUAUUAUUUUAUUGUUGCUGUUUUAUUUGUGGUUGACUGGCAUCACGGUUGUAAGGAGAGCGUUGAGGAUACUUGUCGGUGUAAAUAGCUCAUGGUUCAUCCCUUUCAUAGCCUCAUCAGACUGCCAUAGGCUCUUCUUUUCAUCCAUUCAGCAGUUUUAGUCUUUGCUUUAAGCACUGUACAAAUGUCCACCAGAAAUAUUGUAUACAAAUAUAUGUUGCCCAAAUUAAGUAA